AUGUUCGUUUUCUCUAUCACGCACGACCAUUUCCAGAAGUUCAAGGCCACCAUUCCUUUGCUAGCUGCUGCCGCCAGACAUAUUGCAGGUAAAUAUUCCUUUCCACGUAGCGGUAUGGGUCGUCGUUCCGGUGUUCGCGCAAUUCUUCGCAGAAUCAAGGCGCGCCGGAUCGCGCAACGUGCCUACGCAAAGGUUGGCAAAUCUGGUCGAACCAGUGAGCUGUAUCUUACAAAAUAUGAUAUACAGGCAUCGUUUCAAAUACGUUUGCUCAAACCAGGCGGCUCACUGCGCUCUUGGAGUCACUACUACACCUGGAGUCAAGCGAAAUGGCAGAUACAUGACCCGCUAUUUCAAGAUGUUGUGUCUGACCUUGCUGAGGAGUUUGCGGACUGCACACUUCAUGACUAUGCCUCAGGUAAACCUGAAUCAUCGAUGGUCGACAUAGAAGACCUUGUCUCUACUUUGGUGGCUUUGACCCUGGGAUCCGCCGAUCAUCUUGAAGCAACCGAGUCUAAACAUCCCUCCAAACCGGCUGAAAACAACUUGAAUGAGCUCGUGGAACUUAUGGGAAAUCUACGACUAGACGAUCUCGAUAACUUACAUAACGCAGGCGAGUUCAGCUCGGAGUCGACUCUCGGAAAUGAAGUCAGCCUUUCCCAAGAGUCGCUCUGCCCGGCUUGCUAUACUAUGUCUCCACAGCAAUCUUCAGCUAUCUCUGAACCAUCUGCAUCUGUGGAAAAGCUGGAAGAAGUCCAUAAGGUCCAGACUCUGCUGGCGGUGGUCGGAUCGUUUGAUGACACUCCAAAGACGCAUCACGCGGAACUUCCUGCUCCUGCUUCUACGGAUCUCGCGCCAGUCAUAUCUUCAACCACAUCCCCUGGUAUCCACUCUGUACUACGACAUUUUGCUUCGAACGAUGCUACAGACACCUAUCCAAGCCGACCAGCUCCGUGCCUGCGUAAAAUUCCUACUAUCAUCAGGACGAGGAACUUCGCGUCUAAAUGGUCCUCUUUCUCUCCGUUGUCUCUCAGCGCGCUUCCCUUCUUCUUUGAGGCCUGCGCAACUGCAUUCUCGCCUCUCAGAGAUAGAACGACUGCUUCGCUUCCUCGGGGUUGCCACAUGCUGAAACUGGAAUGA